AUGGUGAAAACUUUGAGUUCCUUUAAUCAUUUCGACAACAUCAUUUUCUAUGGCACGCCCAACAGAGUCUAUGAUGCGCCACUGAAUGUCAGCACACUGUUGACCAAUAUCGGUUUGGAGGUACACAAAACCCUUGGCGAUAUUGUUGCAGAAUUUAUGUUUACCAAUGAGAAUUCAAGGUCGGUAAUGAUUUUCGCCAUUGCACCCUGGAAUUAUGUAAAUAGUUCCGAGAAUAUACCGAAUUUGGGAAAAAUCUUAACGAAUCGCAAUUUGGCGGUGAUAUUGAUAAACGAUAUUUUCAAUACGGAAUUAAAGGAAUUUGUUUCCACCUCAUUGGGAGCUAGUAUGGAGACAAAGCUGAUAUUUCUCUUAAUUGGCCAUGAACUGACAGAGGUGUUGCCCUUUAUACGCCAGGAAAAAUUGCUGCGAUUCUUUCGUUGGUGUUGGUCCAAAAAUAUACUCAAUGCCAUACUGAUGUAUCAAGAAAAGCAUGUGGUGGCCAGUGUAGAUGAUUUGAAAAUGGAGAUUUACUCCUAUUCACCAUUUCCCAGGCCCGUAAAAUUGAUCAAACUAACAAAUGUCCAUCCGUUUUUCUUCUUUUUUGAUCGCACCUUGGAUGUGAGGGGAUAUGAGUUUAAGACACCGGUGUUCAACGAUAAGCCAAGUGUUUUCAAGGCCAAACGCCUGGAUGACGAUGAUGAUGAUGACAACGACGAAGAAGUCUCUGGCAUUGCCGGCCAUUUAUAUUUGGAAUUUGUGAAGAGCAUCAAUGGUAAAUUUGUUGAAUUGGAAACUCCCGAAAGCCAUCCAAUGAUGUUGGACUAUGAAUACGAAUUACUUGUGGCCCGUAAUAUUGACAUUGCCAUUCAUCCGUUUUCCAAUCUCUUGCCGCAUGGUUAUUACGGCAGCUAUCCCAUUACCAAUACCAAUAGCUGUGUUCUGGUACCGGUUAUACCCGAAAUUUUCGUUGGCCAUUACAUUCCACGAAUUAUGAAUUUGAAUAUGUGGUUACAGGUUUUGGUGUUAUUCACAGGCUUCCAGGUGGCAUAUUUUCUAAUAGACAAGUUUAAUGGCGGCAAAUGGUAUCCCUGGAAAUCCAUAUCUCUUACCCUUAAAGGCAUGUUGAAUAUGUCGCUGGGUGAAAUCAAUGUUUCGGAGACCUUUGGUAUAUUCUCUAGGAGCCGUAUUCUUUUGAUACACAUGCUGGUUCUACUUUCGGGUAUGCUUUACAGCCUAAGUUUUAUUGCGGGACUCACCUCGGCCCUAAGUGCCACAAUAUUUGGCAAAAAACUGGAAACAUUAGAGGAUCUACGCAGGGCUAAUAUUUCCAUUAUGAUGUUGGAUUACAUGUAUUUUAUGUAUAACUACAUGGACAUUAUACCCAGCAGUUUCGAAAGUAAUGUGCUAAUAGCCGAUGUGGAGACAGUAUCGCAUCACUUGAAUUCCCUGAAUACCUCCUUUGCCUAUGCGGUCUACAACGAAGAAUGGCAGGUGCUGCAAUCGCUGCAAAAGAAGCUGUGGAAACCGAAAUUUAGAAUUGCCUCCAAAUUGUGUAUUGCCAAUGUAUAUCUCUCAUUUCCCAUACAAUUUAAUUCGGCAUUUUAUCAUCCCCUCAAGAAUUUCAUCUUGAGAAUACGCGAAACAGGACUGGAAUUGAAAUGGACAAGUGAUAUAUUAAAAGAUAUACGAGAAACUACAAGUGGUGUAAAUCUAAUGAAUCACCAAGAAGAACAUCCAGUGCCCUUGACCAUUGAUCAUUUGCGAGUUAUUUGGACAGUGUCGCAACAGCACGGUAGCAGUGACAUACAUAAUCAUUUGAAUUAA